AUGGCGAAUAACGACAGAAGUCAAAGAUCGCCUCGUACGGGGAACGAGACGAUGUUUCACGACAGGGCGAAUGCGGCUGUCAAGGCAGCCGGGGAGACGGAGGAGGCGAGGAAAUGGCGCGCAGUGCUUCGAGUGAUGGCCGCUGAUUAUAAAAAGCUUGGUCGAUGCCAUGGAUUGCUCCAGCAGGAAUAUGAGCGGCGACGGGUGGAGAUGGAGCAGCUGCAGCAGCAGCUCAAAGAGCUCGCUUCGCACAACGAGUCCCUUCGCGGGGAGAUCUCCUCCAAUGACGCGCUGGCGCGCGAGACGGAGGCGCAGCUACGCGCGCAGAUGCAGGCGGAGCGUUCAGAGUUGGAACGGGGCGCCGCCGUCGCUUCCGCGCGCGCAGCUUCCGACCUCCGCGCGGCUCUCUCCGCACGAGACGAGGCGUUUUCCCGCGAGCGCGCGGGGCUCGCGCAGCAGCUGGUGGACCUGCGGCGGGAGCUUCAGACGGAGCGGGAGAAAGAGCACCCGUGCUUCACAUGCGCGGAGCGCGCCUGGAGGGACGAGGAGGAGGCGGAGGAGGAAGCGGAGAGGCGCAGGCGCAGCGAGGCGGAAGUUGCGCGCUGGCAGCAGGCGGCGGGGCUCGCGGCGGCGGGACUCGUUAUAGAAAGCGCCGCUAAGGAGUUCCUCUUAGACCGAGUAGACGAUCUGGAGCGAUCCGAAGUCGAGAGGGAGCUAGAGCGGCUCGAGAGCGAGAGGGCGGAGCGGGAGGAAGGGAGGCGGGAAGGGGAAACGCGCGCCCGCGCGGAAGCAGAAUGCCAGCGGGAGAGAAUACUGGCGGAAUGGGCGGAGGAGCGGGAAUCGUGGGGCCGGCGCACGGCGGAAAAAGACCAGGAAGUUGUGCGACUGGUGGCGGAGAAGGCGGAGGUAGAGAUUAGGUUACGGGGCGCGGAAGCGGAGGUGGAGAGAGUUAAAGCGGAGGCGGCGGCGCAGCAGCGCGUCGUGGAGAACCUCACGCGCGACCGCCACAUGCUCGCGCGCAAGUCGGAGGAUCUUUCCGCGCGCGCGGCGGCGGCGCAGAGGCGCGCGGACAUGGCGGAGGAGGCGGCGGAGGUGGCGGAGGCGCAGGCGGAGGACGAGCGCGACCUAGCGGCGUCGCUGCAGCGCGAGUUGCAAAUGCUGAAGGCGAAGUUCCUCCACCAGGAGGCGGAGAAAGAGAAACUGGAGAUGGACGUGGCAGAGGCGAGGGACCAGCUGAGUGUGGUGGAGGAGCAGGAUGCGAUAGUGAGGAAGAACUUGCGCAAGACAGAGGAGGAGCUUGAUGUGUUGGUGGACGAGUGUGCGGAGAUGAGGCGCCUACUGCGGCUGACAGUGGAGGCGUUUGAUUACCAUAAUGACUCCAUCCUGCACCUGCCGGGGAUGAAGAACCUGUCAGCUGAGCUUGUGAAAGCGGCAGCAGAGUUUGAGGAUGAGGAGCAAACAGAUGGUGAUGACAGCGUGGCAGGAGGCAGUUGA